AUGACAGCACCUCAAAAUCCAAUCGCUAGAGCCAUCUGGGAUGGUGCUUUGCCAAUUAAAUUUUCUCUAGAUAAUAACGAGGCUGAAGCAUUAGGUGUAAAAACCAUUGAACCUUAUUUUAUAGAAGCACCUCGUUGUUCAUACUUCCCAUUAUUAACAAGUGCAAUAAGAAAAUACUUUUGUGAUAUGGCGAUGAAUUUUAUUGUUGACGAUGCAGAAAUAUGGCAUUAUCCAAUCGGACUACUAUUCGAUUUACAUACAGGAUAUAGACCAGAUUCGAAUAGUCCUCCACCAUUACCUUGGUCUGUAACUGUUCAUUUUAAAGACUUUCCUGAUGAUAAACUAAUAAGAGCUCAGGCUAUUGAUGCUACUCAAGAUUUUUUCAUGUCUAUGAUUAAAGAAGCAGAUUUUCUUAGAAAUGGCACAACAAAAAAAGUAAUGAACUUAUCAAAAAACGAUCAAACCCAACUUUGGGAUGGAUUAUGGUCUAUAAUACAAGAAUCAAUCUCCCCUUUAAGCGAAAAUGGUAAUCAACUUACAAAUGUAUUACACCAAAUCCUUCCAGACUUUUUUCCAUCAUCUUCACCACCACCUAUAUCAAAUGAGAGUUCUUUUGCUGCACCUAUUAUUCAUGGUAUAAUCCCACAAUUAGAUAUUCCAAUA